GAAGCUGUGCAGUCCAUCUGGAGAGGUGUCCACGAAUCUGGCGGUUGCUCCGAAGAUGCCGGGAGCCGCGGGGAAGGGCUCGGACCUGUCCGAGAGGAUCGAGAGCUUCGUGGAGACCCUAAAGCGGGGCGGCGGGCGGCGCCGCUCGGAGGACAUGGCUCGCGAGACCCUGGGGCUGCUGCGCCGGAUCAUCACCGAUCACCACUGGAGCACGGCGGGGGAGCUGAUGGAGCUGAUCCGCAGAGAGGGCAAGAGGAUGACGGCCGCUCAGCCCUCCGAGACCACCGUGGGCAACAUGGUGCGGAGAGUUCUCAAGAUCAUCCGGGAGGAGUAUGGCAGACUGCAUGGACGCAGCGACGAGAGCGACCAGCAGGAGUCCCUGCACAAACUCUUGACGUCCGGAGGCCUGAGCGAGGAUUUCAGCUUCCAUUAUGCCCAACUCAAGUCCAACAUCAUCGAGGCGAUUAAUGAACUGCUGGUGGAGCUGGAAGGCACCACGGAGAACAUUGCAGCCCAGGCUCUGGAGCACAUCCACUCCAAUGAGGUGAUCAUGACCAUUGGCUUCUCCAGGACAGUUGAGGCCUUCCUUAAAGAGGCUGCCCGAAAGAGGAAGUUCCAUGUCAUCGUGGCAGAGUGUGCUCCUUUCUGCCAGGGUCAUGAAAUGGCUGUCAAUUUGUCCAAAGCAGAUAUUGAGACAACUGUCAUGACUGAUGCUGCCAUUUUUGCUGUUAUGUCAAGAGUCAACAAGGUGAUCAUUGGCACGAAGACCAUCCUAGCCAAUGGUGCCCUGAGAGCUGUGACAGGAACUCACACGCUGGCACUGGCAGCAAAACACCACUCCACCCCACUGAUUGUUUGCGCACCUAUGUUCAAGCUUUCCCCACAGUUCCUCAGUGAAGAAGAUUCAUUUCACAAGUUUGUGGCUCCCGAAGAAGUUCUUCCUUUCACAGAAGGGGACAUUCUGGAGAAGGUCAGUGUUCACUGCCCUGUGUUUGACUACGUGCCGCCCGAGCUCAUUACCCUCUUCAUCUCCAACAUUGGUGGGAAUGCACCAUCCUACAUCUACCGCCUGAUGAGCGAGCUCUACCAUCCUGAUGACCACACCCUGUGACCGCACUCAUCCUGACUGGCUACACCCAGAGAGGAGCAGAGACAGUACUGCUGCUGCAGCGUCCCCUAGCAGCCGGGCAGGGGCAGUCAGCCUGCGAGACCUCAGCGCUGUGUCCUGCCUUCUAGUCACCCUGACAAGACGUACGUCCCGGACAGCAGAAGGGUUCAGCCUGUUGAUUUUGGAGCCUCUAAGUGACCUGGCUGUGUGUGUUUGAGUAACUUCAAUUUUCUGAUUCUGUGGUAUAUUACAUAUGCCACUGACUACCUUGCUAGAAUAGACUUUUGCUCAGAAAUGGCUCCCAUGCCUUUUCAUAGGCUAAGCCAAUAAACCCUGCUGGAAGGUU